AUGUCUAAUGUACCCAUAGUCGACGUUCUAAUCCUCGGCGGCGGACCCGCAGGAAUCGCUUGUGCCGGGGCGAUAGCGCGACAGCUACACAGCGCUAUAAUCUUCAGCAACAAUACAUUCCGCAACGCGCGUGCGCAGCACAUGCACAAUGUCACCGGGUGGGACCACGCGGACCCGGCCGCCUUCCGUGCUCGGGCUCGUUCCGAUCUGAUCGAGCGGUAUGCAGGCCCUGCGGGUAUCCAGUUCCGCGACGUCAGUGUCUCGAGCGUACGGAAACUGGAUGACGACGAGCGAGGAGGGACUAGGUUCGAGGCCGUAGACGUCGAGGGGACCAAGUAUCUAGGAAGAAAGGUUGUCCUAGCGAUGGGUGUGAAGGACAUUAUGCCUACGACACCCGAGGGGUACGCGGACGUAUGGGGUUAUGGGAUCUUCCACUGUCUUUUCUGCCAUGGCUUCGAGGAGCGAGGUUCCGCGUCCGCAGGUGUUCUGGCGACAGGUCCUUUUCUCGGAGGCGAAAGUGACAGCAGCGCGCCACUAAUGGCUCCCGUCAUUUCGCGCAUGGCCUCUCGGCUCGCAGGCCACGUCACCAUAUAUACCGAUGGUAAUAAAGAGUUAGGUGCAUGUAUCCGGGCACAGCUCAAAAGCACCCAGAAAUUCAGUAUCGAGAACCGUCGUCUCGCACGCGUAGCUAAAGAUCCAGAUGUGGAAGGCGAGGCAGGUGUGCUUGUCACGCUAGGGGAUGGGAGUGUUAAUAGGGAAGGGUUCCUGGCCCAUGCUCCAGCUUUUGAGAUAAACGGACCAUUCGCGGCAGACCUGGGUGUGACGCUAACACCACAGGGCCACAUCGAUGCACAGCCGCCGUUCUACAGCACCAAUAUCUCUGGCGUCUACGCGGCUGGCGACUGUGCCACGAUGAUCAAAGCUGUACCAACAGCUACUAUGAUGGGAGCCUGCGUGGGUGCGGGCCUAGCCCACGCUCUACAGGUCGAGGACGACGUAGAGGAUUAA